CGGGAGGGAGGGAGGGGAGGAGGGGAAGGCUCAGAGGGAGGGAGGGGAAGGUGGGAGGGGGCAGAUGGAGGGUGAGGGCGGGAGGGACAUCCCCUCCAGCACCAGGCGAGUGGCUGGGAGAUGCCGGGACGGGACGGCGGGAUAUUUGGGGGGAAGAGCUGCCGGUGAAGGGACCCCCGGGGGGGGACCCCGGAGUGCACGGCAGGAUCCCACGGAGGACCGUCCCGCUGCCCGUUAUCCCGGACCUACGGUGAGUGGCGGUCCGAGGGGUCGACACCGGGGCGGAGGUCCUCCGGCCGCCUCCUCCGCGGCAGCAGGUGGCGCUGGAGCCGCGCGGUUCUGCACAUGCGCGUUGCCGACGCUCCCCGCGGCCGGCCGCCGAGGGCGCCGCGGCACGUUGUACGCAUGCGCUCCGCCGCAGCGCAGUCUCAGCGGCGCGAAGGGCUGCGGUUGCGCCUCCCGGGCUGUGGGAGCGCUGCGAUGCGAGUGUGGGGGUCGCGCCAGCCCGUCGUCCUCUUGGCUCGGUCCGUUCGGGAUGCCGGGGCGCUGCGGUGCGGCAGGCCAGCCGCUCGCUCCUCCAGUGAACAAUAAGCUGAAGUACUCCUGCCUGGUGGUGCUGGUGAUACAGAACGCCUCUGUCAUCCUCUGCAUCCGCUACGUGCGCACGGUGCCCGGCGACCGCUUCUUCGCCACCUCUGCCGUGGUGGCCGUCGAAAUCAUCAAACUGCUCACCUGCCUCGUCCUGCUGCUGGCUCAGAGGAGAGGCAAUGUGAAGGAACUGGUCCUUCACCUGUACGAGGGUCUCAUCACACAGUAUGUGGACACACUGAAGAUGGCCGUCCCCUCCCUCAUCUACACCCUGCAGAACAACCUCCAGUACGUGGCCAUCUCCAACCUCCCAGCCGCCACCUUCCAGGUCCUGUACCAGUUUAAGAUCCUCACCACCGCUGUCUUCUCGGUGCUGAUGCUGAGGAAGUCCCUGAGCCGCCUGCAGUGGGUGUCGCUGGUCAUCCUGUUCCUGGGCAUCGCCAUCGUGCAGGUGACGCAGGAGGGCAGCACGGGACGGGACCACGUCCCGGGACAGAGCUACCUGCUGGGUCUACUGGCGGUCGUGGUGUCCUGCAUCUCCUCCGGCUUCGCCGGCGUCUACUUCGAGCGUAUCCUGAAGGGGUCAUCGGCUUCCAUCUGGCUGAGGAACGUCCAGCUGGGGCUUUUCGGGACGUUGCUGGGCUUGGGGGCCCUGUGGUCCAAGGACGGGCCAGCCGUUGCCGAGAAGGGCUUCUUCUUUGCCUACACCCCCAUGGUGUGGUGCGUCAUCUUCAACCAGGCCUUGGGUGGGCUGCUGGUGGCCCUGGUGGUGAAGUACGCGGACAACAUCCUCAAGGGCUUCGCCGCCUCCGUCUCCAUCAUCAUCUCCACCGUCGCCUCCGUCCACCUCUUCGGCUUCCACACCGACCUGUACUUCACGCUGGGCGCAGGGCUGGUCAUCAUCGCCGUCUACAUGUACAGUCUGCCCAAGACCAGCCCCAGCCACACCGUUAGCCAGGAACCCGACAGCAGCAGCACCAAGUUAGUCAUCAAAUGAUGCCGACACCAGGCGGAGGGUCGUGCGUGUCCCCUCCCACACCUCCCCUCCCUCCCUACCCCACCUCCCAUGUCCCCUUCACUGGCAGUCUGGGACCAUUGUCACAGCAGUGGGACAUUGAGCACAGAUGAGGAGGUCCUGUGGUGGAGGCUCAGUUGGUUGCUGGUGGUCACCUGUACAUACUCCCCAUGGGGCUGGGGAAAGGGACGUGGGGUGGGAGUGGGGCUGCUCGUAGUUCCCAGCGUAUGUAGAUCUUUCUCUCACAUACACACCCUCAGUGGGGGAAAAUGGCUCACACACACACUGACCCUCACUUGUGGGGCUGGGUCCCACACACUGGGGGACGAUUCUCUCUCUCUCUCUCUCUCUCACACACACACAUGAAAGUUUUGCAUGACAAGGGUAACACUAAUUUUCUUUGUAAACUAUUCAAUGUGGGGGAGUUGUCCGUUAUUGAAUGUGUGUUUGGACGUUGACAGACCUUCCUUCUCUCCCACUGCAGAGUAGGUUCCAGGUCUGCAGUCCGUGUCCCCACUCUGGCCCCGAGAGUUGGCUGUGGUCAGCGAGCAUCCCUGACCUGGCCCCCUCUGGGACGGGAGCCUUUUGUCUCUAACAGUUUGCAUUACCUGUGGGUGUGGUGGUGGGGAGGAAGGAUUAAUGUUUUUUUUCAAAUAAUUUAUAAACUUGACUGAAUAGAAACCAAAUGCGGCAGCUGCUACCCCUGGCCUUCAGGGACUGGGUCUGCUGGCUUUGGUAGUGGCUGGUUUUACUGGGAGGGCAAGGAUCACAGAGCUCGGAACUGUGAGACAGGAGGGAGCGGGUCCUCGGGAGCCCCUCCCGACUCUGAGCAGGAGGCUGGAUACCGUGUGUGUGUCUGUUGUUGUAUCAUCCCCUGCUCCUCUACUCACCCCCAGCUCCCGGACGAUCUGAGGAAUUGCACCCCUCUCUCUAACAGAGGUGGGUGCAGAGCUGUGAACGAAUGAAGGAACCCCUCAUAGGCCCUCCCCAGUCUGGGCUGAAUGUGGGGUGUGGGGGGUUUGCGGGGAUCCAGAGAGCACAGGGACUAGAUGGUGGUGGGCUUUGGGUGAGAUAUACUGUCUCCCUAUGUUACUGGUGGAGGGUCUUGUGAAAUUGCAAUGGGAGGAUUAAACAGAGGGUUAACCUUGUUUCCAAGGAACCAGGUGAAGGAAUGGGUUUAUUUAGAAAUUCUUUAUAUAAAUAUAAAGGAAAUAAUUUUUUAAUAUAUUUUGAUAUUUGUUUUAGAGACAUCAAGCAAUUAUUGAUCUAGAUUUAAAAAAUUAUAUAUGAAGGUAUUUAAAUUAAAGAUGAUUGUAUAAAUUGGUUCAACAAUAAAAUUGAACUUUCUCUCGUG